CGUACCGGGGAAGAGAAACCGCGAGGAGGAGGCCCGACCGGGCCGGCUACGAUUAGGGUUCCUCACACCGAAAUCCUAAUCCUCUCUUCGUGCGGGCGCCCAAUUGAAUCCUGUCCACUCCUCUGUUUCGCGAUCUCAUAUGGCCCCGGCGAGGUUGAAUGGCGGGGAUCGGCCGACGGAGGAGGGGGCAAGUAUCUGCAUCAAUGACGCCCUUACCGACGACGAGCUUCGGGCUGUGUUCGCGUGGCUGGAGAAGGAAGAUGAGAGGGACCUGUUUGGGCUCGUCUGUAAGCGCUGGCUCCGCCUUCAGAGUUCGGAGCGCCGCCGCCUCCGGGCCCGGGCCGGCCCCGCCAUGCUCCGCCGGAUGACCGACCGGUUUCCGGGUCUCCUUGAGCUUGACCUCUCUCAAUCCGCCUCGAGAUCGUUCUACCCUGGAGUUACCGACUCAGAUCUUGCUGUCAUUGCCGCUGGAUUUUGGAAUUUACGUGUCCUCGAUCUCCAGAACUGUAAAGGUGUCACUGAUGUUGGAAUGAUUUCUCUGGGAAAUGACCUUCCAUCCCUCCAGUCCCUAGAUGUUUCCCAGUGUAGAAAAAUUACGGACAAAGGAUUGGUGGCUGUUGCUUUGGGUUGUUCCUCUUUGAAAAGGUUGCAUGUAGCUGGAUCAAAAUCUGUAACAGAUGAGUUACUAAAAGCACUGUCUAGGAGCUGCUCAGGCCUAGAAGAUCUAGGAUUGGCAGGAUGCAACAACAUAACAGACACUGGGCUCUCAGCUCUUGCUGAUGGUUGUCGAUAUAUUAACUCUUUAGAUAUUAGUAAAUGCACCAAAAUUGGUGAUAUUGGAGUCUCAAGAAUUGCUGAGGUUGCGUCAUCAUCGUUGAAGAUUCUCAAGUUGUUGGACUGUUUCAGAGUUGGUGAUGAAUCCAUAUUUUCCUUGGCCCACUUCUGCCAUAACCUUGAAACUCUUGUAAUUGGUGGAUGCCGCGAUGUUACAGAUGAAUCUAUAAAGGCCCUGUCGCUUGCUUGUUGCGACAGCCUAAGGAGCUUAAGGAUGGACUGGUGUUUAAACAUUACAGACUCAUCCUUGAACUCUGUGCUGUCAAACUGUGGACAUCUUGCAGCUCUCGACAUAGGUUGCUGUGACAAACUAACCGAUUUGGCUUUCCAGUCAGUUGGAAUGGGAGGAUUUGAGUCGCAACUGAAGGUUUUAAAGAUGAGUAACUGCAUGAAGAUCACAGUUUCUGGCGUAGGCUCCAUGUUGAAAUUCUGCAAAUCCCUGGAGUACGUUGACCUGCGAUCAUGCCCUCAUAUUACAAGGUUGGGUUGUCAGCAGGCUGGAUUGCAGUUUCCUGAAUGCUGUAAAACAAACUAUGAUGGCAGCUUAUCCGAAAAUGAAACUAUUGUUGAUGUCUUCUUUUAAGACAUGAACCAAGACAAUGACCACUUCCCUAUCAAGUGCCUAAUGGACAAGCUCAUACCGUGAUCAACUGUCAUUCCUUUUCAGCCAUAAGAAAGUAAGUAUACCUUUCUGUGUGGCUAAGAUAUGUUAAUAUUGUGAUGACAGAACUUGGAGUUGUGUUUACUGCGGUGUUGUAUUUAUGUUAUUAAACCUAUCCGACUGUAAAUUUCCAGAAUCUGUAGAUGACUGAUUGCAGGCUUUUGUAGACUGAUACUCUUUAAAUCCCAGCUUCUGAAUGCAGUCUUUCAUAUAAUAUA